AUGUCUGAGGAGCUAGUGCAUGUACCCUCAGAAUGGCGAAUGCGACACCCCUAUGGUCCUCAUCUCACCGGUUUACUCGAAUACCGUGUUUUGUACGAAGAAUCAAUUCGCUCCCCAAACACAUUCUGGGCAAAGCAAGCCCACGACCUUCUUUCCUUUUCUCAAGACUUUCACACCACUCGCAUCGGGUCAUUCGAGGAUGGAGAUAAUGCGUGGUUCCUGGGUGGGCAAUUAAACGCCUCCUUCUGUUGUGUCGACAGACACGCAAUCAAGGACCCCAACCGAGUGGCUCUCAUCUACGAGCCAGAUGACCCACAAGACGGUUCCCGAAAUAUCACAUAUGGCGAAGUUCUCCGACAGAUCUCUCGCUUGGCAGGGUGUCUGCGGGCCCAGGGAGUGCGAAAGGGUGAUAUCGUCACCAUUUACAUGCCUAUGAUACCAGAGACUAUCUUCGCCAUGCUUGCGUGCGCAAGACUUGGCGCUGUUCACUCUGUUGUGUUUGCAGGGUUCUCUGCGGAUGCCCUACGAGAUCGAAUUCUGGACGCAAAGUCCCGAGUGGUUAUCACUACCGAUGAAGGUCGACGAGGUGGGAAAAGCAUUCCCACCAAGACAGUUGUCGAUAGCUCCUUGGAGAGCUGUCCGAGUGUGUCUACAGUUUUGACUUUCCGACGCACGGGCGGUGAUGUCUCUUGGGUGACUGGAAGAGACUUGUGGUGGGACGAAGAACUGAAGAAAUACCCUGCUUAUAUCUCGCCUGUUCCCGUGGACUCUGAAGACUACCUCUUUCUUUUGUACACGUCGGGAUCAACUGGAAAGCCCAAAGGAGUAUUACACAGCACUGCUGGUUAUCUUCUGGGUGCUGCAGUGACUGGUAAAUAUGUCUUUGAUCUCCAUCAACAAGACCGCUUCUUCUGUAGCGCAGAUGUUGGAUGGAUCACCGGACAUACAUACACGGUAUAUGCUCCGCUGAUGCUCGGAUGCACGACGGUAGUUUUUGAGGGCACGCCGGCGUACCCCAGCUUUACCCGGUAUUGGGAGAUUCUUGCUCAAAGCGCUGCAACUCAUUUUUAUACGGCACCGACAGCAUUACGUCUCUUGAAGACCAAUGUCAAAAAGGAGGAAAUUGAAACAUUUGAUCUGAGUCACUUGCGCAUCCUCGGCUCAGUUGGUGAGCCAAUCGCACCGGAGACAUGGAAAUGGUUCCAUGGCUAUUUUGGAUCAUACCAAACGACUUUGACCGAUACAUACUGGCAAACUGAAACUGGAUCUCAUGUCGUUGCUUCCUUGGCCGGAGUCACUCCAAUGAAACCAGGAUGUGCAUCUCUUCCGUGUUUUGGAAUCGAGCUGGCCAUUAUUGACCCGGUAAGUGGCGAGGAAUUGAAAGGGAAUAUGGUUGUGGGGGUGCUGGCUAUCAAACAACCCUGGCCUAGCAUGGCUCGAACAAUCAAAGACAACCACGAUCGGUACAUGGAAGCAUAUUUCGGCAUUUACAACGGAUAUUACUUCACCGGAGACGGCGCCUAUAGAGAUCACGAUGGAUACAUUUGGAUCCGGGGACGAGUGGAUGAUGUGAUCAAUGUUUCAGGCCAUAGAAUCUCAACCUCAGAAGUUGAAAGUGCGCUUCUUGAGCAUGCUGCCGUGGCAGAAACAGCGAUAAUCGGCGUCCCAGAUGACCUCACAGGCGAAGCGAUCAACGCAGUCGUCUCCCUCAAAGCACCCGAUAUGUCAAUUAAUAUUGAAGCUGAGUUGGUUCUCCACAUACGUCGAACAAUCGCUCCUUUCGCGGCACCAAAGAGAAUCUUCAUAGUGAAAGAUCUCCCAAAGACUAGGAGUGGGAAAAUCGUGCGUCGAAUUCUGCGAAAAAUCCUGAUUGGAGAGAAAAACUUUGGGGACAUUUCAACGUUGGCCGAUCCUGGUGUGGUGGAAGAGAUCGUCAAGGUGUUAGCAAUAAAUUGA